AUGGAGGACUUGGCAGCUUUCGGAUGCGAUGAGCUGCGGCAAGCAGUCGAGACGUUGCCAGGGUCCGCAUCCACCUUGCAGCAUUUGCUGAUGGCGCAUCCAUCCUGGAAGCAGCGAUUUUAUCAAAUCGGCGGCUUGGAAAGGAUUCUGGAGAAGAUGGAAAAGACUAAGAAGGCAUUUCAACAUCAACGCCUGGCACAAUGCUUGUGCCGCACGCUGGACAUGGACAAGGUAAGCAGACAAAAUCGCGGAGAAAUCGCAAGACGCUUGGCCCAGCAAGUGCUAGAUGUCACAAAUGGCGUCCGCUUCCCGCUGGACUCCAACAGCGAUGAGGCUCGCAUUCUGGAUUAUAUGGACCUGAUGGAAGCUAUAGCCCAGGACAAGGAAGCACGUCGCCUCUUGGUGAAGGGAGGGGUUGUGGCGGUGGCUUUGCAGUUCGCGCAGCACCACUCACAAGCCGUGGCAGCUGCGGCGCUUGAUGCCUGGGGCCAGGCAGCCAGCGACGCAGAGGAGGAGGUCCACAUCCCAACGGAUGCUUUGCGCUGGGCUUUGAGCGUCCUCAGAAGCGGCGCUUCUGCCAGGAUGAAGAGGGCAGCGGCACAGUGCCUGCAACGGCUUUGCUAUGGCUCCUCCCAGUCCGCCCAAGAGCUUCGCAAUAGUCUGGAGGGCCUCAAUGCUGUGCCUGAGCUGCUGUCUGUGGCUCGACAUUUCCAGAGCGCUGAGCAGCAAGUCGGACGAAACGAUGGAGCAGAAGUAGCUCGACAUGUCAAGAACGCAGCCUUGCUGAUGUUGAACAACUGCAAAAUCGCACCAGAUCCGAGCCACAAACGUAUUGUUCUGGAAGCUAUGGCCUAUGCCACCGCCAAGUCCUUUGCCAAGGAGGUUGCCUUCAACAAUACUGCUGCUGGCAUCCAGUGCUUUGGGCAUGUGAAGCUUGGUGGUUGGGUCACAAAACCUCCCACCGCUGGAGGUCCCUUGCAGUGCUCCAUGUCCUGGAUGAAUCCGAUGUAUGCGCUACGCUUUCCGCCUGGUCAACGCAAGGUGGCUGGUUCUUUAAAGAGGGCUUGCGCCUGCUGA